UAAAUGUACAUAAGUACAUGCAUGUUACGUAGCUUGCCGGUAAAUCUCUGGUGAAAAUUCAGUUUCGGCUCAAGCUGGAUUGUUAUCAGAUCUUGCAGAUGCAACAGCCGUCCGUCCGAUACCACCCGAGCCUCAAUCAAUUCAAGGCGCUUCCUGCGAAAAACACCAUCCCUCCAACUAGACACCAUUUUUCAUUCCCUACGCCAACAUCUUUAAUACCCAUACCCUCUUUUUAGGAGUUUAUAAUUAUAUCAUAUUACACUCCUAAUCAUACAUAAUGUUGACCAUUCGAGCGGCUGCCGCACCUCUGCGGCGCCAAUGCCUAGCCACAGCUCCACGAGCUGCCGCAACUCUAUCAUUCCAGGACCGAAGAUUCUAUUCAGACAAAGUCGCCAAGUUCACUGGUGUGAAGGGUUCCGACGGUCGCUUCCCCGUCAGUAUUAUCGAGGGAGAUGGUAUCGGACCUGAGAUUUCGCAAGCUGUCAAGGACAUUUUUGAAGCCGCUAAGACACCAAUUAGCUGGGAACCAGUCGAUGUUACACCCAGAUUAGUAGACGGAAAGACAACUAUCCCCUCUGAGACAAUUGAGAGUAUUCAAAGGAACAAGGUUGCCCUUAAGGGUCCUCUUGCUACCCCCGUAGGCAAGGGACAUGUCUCUCUUAACUUAACCCUCCGACGAACCUUCAACCUUUUCGCGAACUUGCGACCGUGCCGAUCCGUUGCCGGUUACAAAACACCAUAUGACAAUGUCGAUACCGUCCUAAUCCGAGAGAACACCGAGGGUGAAUACUCUGGUAUUGAGCACGUGGUGGUUGAUGGCGUUGUUCAGAGCAUCAAGCUCAUUACCCGCGAGGCUAGUGAGCGUGUCCUACGAUUCGCUUUCCAACACGCCGAGGAGAUUGGCCGCAAGAAGGUUCGCGUCGUUCACAAGGCCACCAUCAUGAAGAUGUCCGAUGGUCUUUUCCUUAAGACUGCCCGCGAGGUUGCCAAGGAUUUCCCCACUAUCGAGUUCGACGCCGAGCUACUAGACAACACCUGCCUGAAGAUGGUUACCGACCCUCUACCCUACAACGACAAGGUCCUCGUCAUGCCCAACCUGUACGGUGACAUUCUUUCCGACAUGUGCGCUGGUCUAAUUGGUGGUCUUGGUCUUACGCCCUCUGGAAACAUUGGUGACGAGUGCUCUAUCUUCGAGGCCGUGCACGGAUCUGCUCCGGAUAUCGCCGGCAAGGGUCUUGCCAACCCCACCGCCCUACUUCUCAGCUCCAUGAUGAUGCUGCGACACAUGGGCUUGAACGAGUAUGCCAACAAGAUUGAGAGGGCCACAUUUGAUACCCUAGCAGAAGGAAAGUCGUUGACGGGCGACUUGGGUGGAAAAGCAAAGACUAACGAAUACGCGGCGGCCAUCAUUUCUAAGUUGUAGAUACCUCAUCCUCUUCCAUCAUCCAUCCAUAGUGGCGUGCAUUAGAGGGAAUUAGGCGAUUCCGAUGUAGAGUGUACAACAAUGGGAAUGAAUUUUGCAUGAUUCAAAAUCAAUCUACGAGAUGAAUGUAAUGAGCAUGAGAACUGCGAGGUCAAUUCUUUUCCCUAGUCACAAAUACAAAAUAAAAAGAUAUUCAAAAAGAA